AUGUCCGCCGACACAAGACCAAUAUCGCCCGCCCGGUUCGCCGCCGCCCUCAAAGACCUCUCCACGCCCAUGCUGCGCCUCAAAGUGCUCGAGAUCCGCAACUCCAUCGCCCACCUCCGAUACUCCAACGACCAGCUGAGACCCUUCGCCGAGGGCUCGGCCACGGCCCUCGGCCGCGAACAAGCCAGCAGCGACCCGGCACGCCGCGAGCCCGACCAGGACUGCGUCGACGCCAUCCGGGAAAACGAGCUUGUCAUCGACCGCAUGGCUCGGCGCAUCGCCCUGGUCCGCGCCGAGGUGGAGCAGCGCGGCGCGAGCUGGGCCGAGUUCCAGAGCAAAGAAGAAGAAGAAGAAGAAGCAGAAGCGGCGGCCGCUGAUGCGGCCCAGGCGGCAACGACGGAAACCCACAUCAACGGCCACGCAGAUUCUCAGCAGACUCCUCACGCGGCCGCCCGCCACCCGGCUUGGACGGACGGCACCUUUCAGUCCGGGACGAUUCGCAACGGUCAAAUCCGCGUGGACGACCAACCGGGUGGUGCAGGGCGUGGCGCCCGCUCGUCAGGGGGCACAGUGAGCGAUGAGGAGUUGAGACGGGCCAUGGAAGCACGAAUGCGAGACCCAAGGAGCUACGAUGACGGCGGCGACGGCGGCAGCGGCAGCGGCAGCGAAGGAGCUGGUGUGCAUCUGUGA